AUGGCCCUCAGCGGGUCCCGUGGGACCAUCAGGGUGGAGGGUGAAGGACAGGGCGCAAUAAAGCCCCCCCGUGUCUGGGUUGGCCAGACAGAUGUCCCACAGCCACACGCUCCCGGCUCCCUGCUCCGGCCAAACCAGGGCCACUUCCAGGAGCUGGUGCUGACGGAGGACGAGAAGAAGCUGCUGGCCAAGGAGGGGGUGACCCUGCCCACGCAGCUGCCCCUCACCAAGUACGAGGAGCGGGUGCUGAAGAAGAUCCGGCGGAAGAUCCGGAACAAGCAGUCGGCUCAGGAGAGCCGCAAGAAGAAGAAGGAAUAUAUCGACGGGCUGGAGAGCAGGAUGUCGGCGUGCACGGCCCAGAACCAGGAGCUGCAGAGGAAAGUCCUGCACCUGGAGAAGCAGAACUCAUCCCUCCUGGAGCAGCUGAAGAAGCUCCAGGCCCUCGUGGUCCAGUCGAGCAACAAGGCGGCGCAGACGGGAACCUGCCUGGCGGUGCGUGGGGCUCCAAACCCCCCGGGGUCCUCGGGGGCGGUGCCAGGCCCUCGGGUCCCAGCCCAGGCGCUGACCCUCGCCCCGUGGCGCUCAGUUUUCUCCAGGUCGCUGCACAACGCGGCCGCCUCCCGCGUGGUUCACAGCCAGCCCCAGCCCGGGGACGAGCAGCCCCGGGAGCCCCUGUGGUCGGAGCCCCCCGAGACCCUGCAUGAAGCUUUCGGUGGCCACACACACCUGGACAAAGUGUCCCUCAGGAACAAAGUGUCCCUCGGGAACGACACGGCGGCACUGGCCCCCGAGGGGCUGAGCCGCGGGGCCGGGGACGGCACCGACGCCGUGCCAGGGGACAGCCCCACGUCACACCAGAGCCUGGCAGCGCUGGCCUGGUCCAAAGCUGGGCACGGCCACCCUGCCGGGCUGGAGCCAGAGGAGGAGCUUUAGCAGCACCCAGGGACCACGGGGGACGCCACGGGGUGACACAGCACCUCAUCCCCUCCGGGACGAGCCCUCGGGUGACCCCUCCAGGACGUGCCUCCAGCUGCUGGACCUGCUUGUGCCUGGGAACUGGGAAGAGGAGAUCGCUUCCCACUGGCCCUACUGGGAGGGAAGGGGCUGCUCCUGCCCCCUGGGUGCAGUGGAAGUUGUGGAAGGGAUGAGGGGUCGCUCAGGACGGGGCUGAGGGAGCGGGAGGGGCCCUGGGCUGGUUGGUUUUGCUGAUGGUGCAACUGGUUGGUUUUGUUCUUGGGUUUGGUUUGGGUU